CAAACAAAAAGCAAAGCUAAAAAAACAGGACUUAAUUUUUAGCUGGCGCAACACGGGGAUCGCAGGUUCGAAUCCAAGAUGGGUAAAAUGGAAGAGAAGAAUAACAGCAGACAACAACAUCAGAGAAAAAGAAUGGACGACUUUCCUGCCUGCAUCGGGAAGGUUUUGAACGAGUGUCAGCAAUCAUACGCCUUACAUCCGCGGAGGAUAAAAGAGCUGGUGGCAAUCAGAAGGGAAAACGGGGAGGAAUUUACGAAGGAGUGGUGGAAGACAUUGAGGCCUCUUUUUCUUGUCAUGAAGAGGGAACCGGCCGUGGAGAGGAUCGCUAGAUUUGUCGCAGCUUUUGCGGCCUACAGAGAUGAAAAGCAUGGGGACGAGUGCGAUGCAUUUUUGGAAGAGUUCUUCGGGAUUUUGCUCUAUUCGGCGGAUGCCUCUCACAAAGCCGUACGGUUCAGAUCGUGCCAGAUUCUGUCCGAGGUGAUUAUGCGGUUACCAGAUAAUGCAGAAGUGAGCAAUGAAGUUUGGGAUGAGGUCAUCGACUGCAUGCAAAGAAGAAUGCAGGACAAGGUUCCCAUUGUCAGAGUUUAUGCUAUUCGUGCCCUGGCCCGCUUUGCAAAUGAUGUUGAUAAUGCAAACAUUGUCAAUCUUUACAAGGAAGCUUUAUCUUCUGAACAAAAUGCUGAGGUACGCAAAAUGCUAGUGUUGUCGCUGCCUCCUUCAAAUGAUACAGCAUUGGAUAUUAUAGAACGGACACUUGAUGUGAAUGACUCCGUGCGAAAGGCUGCUUAUCGAGUUUUGGCAAAUAAGUUUCCACUUCAGAGCCUCAGUAUCAAGCUUCGCACUACGAUUCUUCGAAGAGGAUUGGCAGACAGAGUACCAGCUGUGACAGCAGAAUGUGUAAAAAUGAUGAAAGAUGCAUGGCUUUUAAAAUGCUGUGAAGGUGAUCCUAUUGCUCUUCUUAGAUAUCUUGAUGUGGAGACAAAUGAAUUAGUAGGAGAAGCAGUGAUGCAAGAACUUUUGAAAGCUGGAAUGAUCCACAUUAAGGAAGGUCAGAGCCUGAGACAGUUUUUGGUUUCAGAGAAUGAAGCAAAUGAAGAUUCUGGCCUUCAAAGAGUGAAAUUAAUGGAUGCAGAAACAUCUUUCUUUUGGAGAAUGUUAUGUAGCCACCUGCAAUCGGAAGCACAGGUGAAAGGUAGUGAUGCGGCGUUAACACAGGGAGCAGAAGCUGUUGUGUAUGCAGCAGCAGCUGCAGAUACAAAUGAACUUCUAGAUAGGGUUCUUCCUGAAACAGUUACUGAGUAUGUUGAGUUGGUGGAAGCACAUCUCCUUGCAGGACCAAACUACCGCUUUGCAUCACGACAGUUAUUAUUACUGGGUUUAAUGCUGGAUUUUUCUGAUGCUGCCAGUCGUAAGGUUGCAAGUUCUUUUUUGCAAAAACUCUUACACAAGCCAAUUGAACAUGUCAUUGAUGAAGAUGAUGGCAAAGAUGUGGUCAUUGGUGACGGUAUAAAUCUUGGCGGAGACAAAGAAUGGGCCAGAGCAGUCAGUGAACUUGCUAAGAAAGUACAUGCAUCUUCAGGUGAAUUUGAAGAUGUACUUGCAACUGUUGUUGCAGAGUUAGGAAGGCCAUGUAGAGAGGGGGGUGCAGAUUUCUUGCAGUGGAUGCAUUGUCUUGCCGUGACAGGACUUGUUUUGGAGAGUGUCAAAUCCCUACGGGCGCUUCAAGGGAAGGCUAUUGAAGCUUCUGAGAUACUACAUGGUUUGCUGUUGCCAGCGGCUAAAUACAUCAAUGUAGAAGUACGCAGGGCUGCUGUAAGAUGUCUGGGAGUGUAUGGUAUACGUGAGAAGAAACCAGGUGAACAAGUAGUAAGGCAGUUGCGAUUGUCAUUCUGCAAUGGUCCUUCGCCUGUUCGGGUAAUGGCUGCCAAGGCAUUGUUUGAUCUUUGUAUGUGGCACAGUCCGACUGUUGUAGAUAUUGCCAUAGGCAUUGGGCCAGGGUUGGGUUGUGUCUCACAGCCACAUGGUGUUGAAACUGAUGGUGCAGGAGAAGUCAUAGAUGAUGGAGAUAGUGGUUUAAUUAUACUAAAUCUUUUAUUAUCUGGACUGGAUAGAGAUGAUUGGGAUGAACAUGGAGACUUGGGUGAUAUAGAAACGACUUAUGGUAUUCUUGCAGAGGGAUUUGCAAAGUUUCUACUCCAGAGCAAAAUGUAUCCGGACCUCUCAUCCAUGCAACCCACAAUUUUGACCAAACUGAUAUGCAUGUACUUCAGUGAGGACACUAAGGAGUUACACAGGUUGAGACAGUGCUUGUCUGUAUUCUUUGAUCAGUAUCCCGCUCUAGCAGCUGAACAUAAGAAAUGCAUUUCAAAAGCUUUCAUUCCUGUCAUGCGUUCAGUCUGGCCAGGAGUCUACGGCAAUCCAAGUGGAAGUAACAUUGUGGUUUCAAGCCAAAGGAAACACGCGACACAAAUAUCUCGAUUUAUGCUACAAUUAUUGCAGAUACCUCUUUAUAAUUCACAGGCUGAUUCUGCUGGAAUAGAAUCUGGUCAAAAUUCUGUACAAGAUGAUGGGCAAGAAAUACCUAAAUCAAAGCAGCCUGAAGCUGAUGUUGAUGAGGGCUUGGAAGAAUUGGCUAUUCGCAUUGGAGUAGAGGUAGCAAGUUUUCCUUCGAAAAAAACUGCUGCUGGUAAAUCCUAUAUUGGAGCCUUAUGUAGAGUUGCUGUUCUACUUAAUUUUCGUUCAUCACAGCAGGAAGCAAUCAAGUGCAUGAGAAAGCUUCUUAAUCACAUGGCAGAAUCUGUCACAGCAGACAAACAAUUGGUGAAAGAACUUGAAGGAAUGAUUGCACGCUUGAAGGCUCAAGAUGCAAAUCCAGUUGAAGUGCUAUCAGAUGAGCAAAUAAAAUUUUUGCUUGGUAACCUUGGACUAGAUAAUGGCAUUGACAUUGAAACCAUCGUAGAAGAUUCAGUUUCCACACCCGUACCAAAAAAGACAACAAACAGAAGGCGGGCAAGGCGUGUAGAAACACCAGAAAGCAUUUCUCCUGUGAAAUUGGAUCCAGUUACUCCUUGCACAACACGUUUACAGAGGUCUAGCAAAACAGCUGCACUUGGAAGGAUGAAGUGCCAGACAGCAAUAGAUAUCGAUAACGAUGAAGAAAUUGAUGAAGAUGAACUAAAAUUCAUUUCUAAGACCUCAUCAGAUGAAGAUCAGGAUUCCACUGAUACUGAUUAUGUAGCUGAGGGGGAUGAUAUUGAAGGAACUGCAAAAAUGCGGUCGACACAAGCUGUGAAUCCUUCAGAUGAUGAAAUGCAAAAUGAAAAUGGUGAUUGCAAGGCGGCGAAGGAUGUGACUUGUGAGGGAAAAGAUUUUAGUUCGGAAGAGAAUUCAUCUCUUUUGCGAACUUCGAAAAGGCCUACCAGAUCGGGUUUAGUAGCGUACAAGGAAGACAGUGACUAUGAGGCGUUUAAAAAGACUCCUCAGAAAUCAACAAGAAAAAAGCCAAUGAAAUCAGCAAGAAAAGCAAUCUGAAAUUCCUCAAUGGUAUUCUUUUCUCUUGAUUUUGAAGAUAAAAGAUGACAUUUACUUGCUCCAUUCUGAAUACCAUCUGCAGGCUUCCAGAGAAAGGUUGCAAAAGGAAUGUUGCUUCCAGAGAAAUGUUGGAAAAUGAAUGUUGUAUUAUCUUGUGAGAAUCAAUAUAUUUGUUGAUUCAUCUCCCUAGUUUCCACUUGAAUAUUAUGAGGCUUGUAUUUGUUAUUUGUUAUAUUGAAAGUUGGACGUCAUGUCCAUUCUUACAACUGUAUAAACUAAGAACUAAACACAUUGAAUGAAUUAUUAAUUUAUUCCUGUCC